GGUGGGUCCACCGAGUUUGUCGUUGGGAAGGGAGGGAAUGUCGUUUUUGCGCGUUCUUUGAAUCUGGGUCAUGUCAGUUUGAGCCAGAGAGGGUUUGGACAAAGUGAAAUGAGAGAGUAUGUUAGGUCGGUUAUGGAGGAAUCUGGGUUGGUUGAGGAUGUUAAAGGGUUUGGUUUUGAAGUUGUUGUUGGGUCUUCUGGUACUAUACAGGCUUUAGAGAAGGCGGUUUUUGAUGGAUAUGGUGAUAAUGUGGGGAAUAAUGUUUUUGGGGUUGGUAAGAGGGAUUGGAGGUUGAGUAGAGGGGAGUUGAGAGCUGUUGUGGAGAGGCUGUGUGGUGAGGGGGAGGAAGAGAGUGAGAGGAGGGAGCGGUUUUUCAAGAGGCGGUCGGAGUUUAUUGUGGCGGGGGCAGUGUUGUUGGAGGAGAUAUUUGAGGCGCUUGGUGUUGAGGAGAUGGAGGUUUCCGGGUUUGCGUUGGCUGAGGGCGUUGUCGCGGAGAUUUUGAGUAAGGCUUGUGAGAGUUGUGAUUUGAAUGCCAAUGCUAGGUGGAGGUCUGUUGUGCGGUUGGCGACGAGGUUUGAUGGGAAGAAGAGGAUGGUGGCUGCUGCACAAUGUGCCGCCAUUUCAAAGGUGUGUAGUGGUUUUGGGUCUUAAUUAGUUGAAUGCUUGAGCUUUGUUAAAUGUAAGUGCAACUCUAUGCAUCAUGGUUAGCAGCACUAGUAAUCAUUACCAAACCAAUCAACAUGAGAUUGAAGGACUAUUAGAUGAUUUCUGACCGAUUGGAAAACCGUU